AAUGUUUUCUGCAGCAUCAGUGAAGUGAGGCGACCAACUUGAUCUCCAGUGUGUUUUUAUUUGCCAACCUGGCAACCUACCUCGUGAGCGCGACGCAAGCACGAAGCCCGGAUCCCAGCUUUGUCAAUCAGCUUGGAAAGUGUUGCAAGGCUCCUAAGUUUGCCAUGCAAUUAUUUGGCUGCGCUGUGACGAGCAUGAUGCGACCUAACAAGCGGCAUGUUUGGAGAAUCCAUUCAAGCCUCAUCUCCUCAAGAACAUGUCGAUGUGGACACUGGAACUCUUGUGCACAAGCCGGAGACCUGACAUUGGGUUCUGUAUUUGUGCUUUAGCCGUUGUGCUUCAAAGCAUCCGGUGGGACCCUGUACCACAGGGAAAAAUGGCGAAGGCGAUGAAAGCAACGAAAGCAAUGAAAGCCAAAUGGGAGCUGAAGCCCUUCACCGCAAAGGAGAAGUCUCCCUGGAAAGCUGCGGUCUCCAGUGUCCGAAAGGAGUUGAAGGUCAGAAAGCGAGAUCACCCUGCCCUCUUCAUGCUGGGGGCAGCAGGGAAGCAUCUUUACGAAGCUGUGCAGGAACAGUACAAAAAAGCUGGGAGCAAGAAUUGGAAGCUGAAGAAGUUUUCCAAGAAGGAGAGUGCGCCAUGGAUUGCUGCUGUGGCUAGUGCGCAGAAGCAGCUGCACGUGAAAUCUCGAGUCCACCCAGCGCUUUUUCUUCUUUCAGUGGUUGGAAAGGAGCUGUAUGAGGCGGCGCAGGCGUUGUAUGUAAAGCCUCGGACGAAAGCAAUGAAAGCGAUGAAAGCAAUGAAAGCAAAGAAAGCGAUGAAAGCGAUGAAAGCGAUGAAGUGACAGCGAAAUGGCUGUUACUCUUUGCUAUUGGACUGAUCUCAUGUAUGGAUGCCCCGCAGGAUUUCCAGACAUUGAGUGCAGGUCUGUAUGCUUUAAGACUAGACAUAGCAGCUAUCUUCAGCAUGAACUCCUAGGUCUCACAUACCUGCAGCAAAAUGGCAUGCAGAAGGUUCAAAAGGGAGAAUGUUGAUUGAUUUGGCAUGUCC